AUGGCUUCUUCCUACAACAGCAAGCUACGGAAUUACAGUCGAAAUUCCCUCCCAACCCCCCCCCUGGGCUACCGAAGCAGAGGAUCGGUCGGCACCUUCAACGGUGCCUCGGUCGGCACCUUCAACGGUGCCUCGGUCGGCACCUUCACCGGUGCCUCGGUCGGCACCUUCAACGGUGCCUCGGUCGGCACCUUCACCGGUGCCUCGGUCGGCACCUUUAACGGUGCCUCGGUCGGCACCUUUACCGGUGCCUCGGUCGGCACCUUCACCGGUGCCUCGGUCGGCACCUUCAACGGUGCCUCGGUCGGCACCUUCCACAGUGCCUCGGUCGGUACCCAGUUCGGUACCUAG